AUGGCCUCCCGCGGCGCGGGCACACUGCUGACCGAGUUCAGCACCGCCUACGUGUCCCCUGCCCUGAUACCUGGGUACCAAGGCCAUGUCCCCACUGUGGCUUUCUCCUUCGGCGCCCCCUACGGCACCACCACCCUCAAGUACUUCCAGGAUCACCGCAAUGCAGCCAUGAAGGGGGGCCAGGGGGCCCUCGACAGAGGGAGCUGCCUCCCCUCCUUCGCCGACCACCCCGCCGCCGCACUGCUUAGCCGCCCCAGCACCUGGGAGCGCAUGUACAAUGUGCCCGCCCAUGCCCGCUUCAACCUGGACAGCGAACGCUCCGCCGAGCUGACUCACUUCUACCAUAUGGCACAACAGCACCGGAAGUACUACCGAGACAAGACUGGCACGGUGCCUCUGGUCCCCUUCUUCGUGCUGCCUGUGAAGGAGCGAGAUAGAUACCCCAUCCCCACAGACCUACCUCCUCUGAGUCCGACAAAUAAGUGGCACCUCUUUAGAGUCUCCCCUGACAACCUAAAGACUUACCAGACCUUUCCGUCGGGGAAGAGGGUGUCCCCGCAGGAGCGCCAGAGGAGGGACACCUACUUUGAGUUCAGAGCGUGA